GCACUAUACCUACUGAUGAUAGAUGAAUAGAUGCCGAUGUAGAUGGAUUGAUUGAUUGAUUGAUUGAGUAAUACAGAAGAAAGAAGAAGAAGAAGAAGAAGAUAAAAAGAAAAAGAAGACACACUCCCCAAAAAAAAUAAAUAAAAUCAAAUUUACGUAAAGGCAAAUGGAAUUAGCACUGGCUCACACUCUCAAUAAGGCAAAAAUACAUUUUUUUUACUUUAUAUAUUUUAAGACGUGAAAGUCUUAAAUGAUGAUUCAUAAUUUUUGACUAUGAAUUGUUGUAAUGUUGUCAUUUUUAAAUCAUAUGUUGUUAUUUCGAUUAAAUUAACUAUACAGUUAGUUUAUCAUAUGGUUAACUACUACUCCUUUAAUCGAUUUGUUGAUCUGUUUAUGAUUGUGUUUUUUGUGGUGAUACCCCUCGUCUUUGAUCUUCAUAAUAACUACUACUAUUAAUACUACUGAUUUUGUAACCUAUUUUAUAGUUUAACUUGAUAACAAUAACAAUAACCACUACACACUUACACACUCGUUUAAAUCGAAGCUUGUUUCAGAAGUUGUCUAUACUACACUCUGAAUCCCCCUUACUGAGUCUAAACUACCCAACAUCAUUAUUCUAUCUAUAUAUUAUACAACUCCUUUCUUUAAGUAUAAACAGAUUGAUCUAACUAAUUGCUGAGUCACAACUAACUAGUCUUAACUGAUCUCUACUGAUAGUUGGCGAUAAGAGAAAAGUAAAAUGUAACACAAAAUUAGAAAUUAGUUGCGGUAACGAUUUUAUAAACAAUCACCGGAGCCGCGGUGCCUAAUUAGGUUAUUUAUAAGUUAUUAUACCAUUUAAAUGACCUUUCCUUUAAACUAAAAUUAACCCAUCAGUGAUUCCACCUAUAUCAUCAUCACUGAAUGAUAGAAUUAUUAUAAUUAUUAUUAUUAUUAUUAUUA